AUGGCCUUUAGCAGCAACUCCUACAUAUAUCAUAAACACAUUAAAAAAAAGCUGGAAUAUGCCCUUAUAACCUCGAUAUUUUUUACAGAUGAUGAUUUUGCUCCAUCUUUCGUAACAGAUCGGCCAUUAUUAGAAGCUACUUCAUCUCAAGCUGUGUCAAAUGAAGAGCCCUCCCAGCCUUUUAUCUGCUUAAUUUCGGCACAAUAUGAUGACCAGCCAGAAUCAUCCAACAUUCAAAACUUACCACAGAAUUAUAUGCAGCUGGAGCCUUUGACGACUUUAAUAUCUGUGCAGAAUGAUGAAUCUCAGCAUUCGACAACAAAUCUGAGUGAUCUCCAUCAGACUGACUCUUCAACACUGAAUACUAAACAUGGACUUCAAUUAACGCCAGCAAAGAUAAACGCUGUAGCUGUGUUCAACCCAGAAAUUGUAAAACCUUUACCAAAGGGUGGUGUCAAGAUUGCAGAAAUCUACAAAACGAUGUAG